AACAUCUUCGGUCACUUCAUUGAUACCCGAACUACCAAGAUUUACCUCACCACUACGAUCACAAUCGGAAGCAGAGGACAAAGAUCGACCUACAUCCCACAACACAUGUCACUCUACCCAAACAUUCUCGACAUCUCGGCCUUCAAUACCAUGCUUGCGCAACACCAACACCAGCAGACCCAAACGUCUCAUUUACCUCCUUCCCCCAACAAACCCACGCACACGCCACAACCAGGUCACCAAAUAACACCGUACCACGUCUCCGAAGCAGUCCUAGACUUCUUCUCGCACAUGUUCGCACCCGCGUCAUACCAGUCGUGUACAUGCUCGACGCCGUGUUGGACCCCAGCAUCUCCUAGCACCGACGCCUACGUUGUAGCCUCGGGGCACGACAAGAAGCUUAAGAUUGUGGUUGACGACGACAUCGUGGUGCUGGAGGACGAAGAUGAUGGAGGACCGUUAUGUAGGGAGGCUACCAUUGCGAGCUGGAAGGCCGGAGGAAAGAAGGAAAGGAGAAACAGUAGUAGGAGAAGGAGCCUGCAAUGGUUGGCGAGUGUGAUUGGGAGGGAAGCAUAGAAGGAAGUGUGAGAACGCUCAGGAACGAAGAUAAGGAAUAGAGACAGGAGUGAGAAAGUAGUCAAGUCGAGGAAAUGUAGAUAUAAUGGCAGGACUUGAUCCAUACUAUGGAUACACAAUCGACAUCCUCUCGACCACUACAAGUGUGAUUGUGUACACUAUCUUGAGAAGAACCUCCGGGUGCUCCUUAAAGUAGCAACCAGUCUAAAUGGUGUUUCCGUGUUGAAGACCGAAAUUACUGUCCAAUCAAUGCUACCUAGCUGUCCACAGGCCGUGCACGAUGGAAAAUCUCGGCACUCUCCAACAGUUGCCCA